AUCCGUAACGAGAACAAACGCCGACCACCAUCGAAUAAUGCUCGGCGCGAUAUUAUCACCUACUAUCGGUGUGGCCAUUUGUCUGCAGGUCGUUUCAGUGGCAGUGACUCGGUCUGGUGAUCUCUCAGUUAAAUGAGUGUAGAACAAACAGGCGCCGCAGGCACAGCAUUCGUCGUCGCGGUAAGAUCAACGACUUCUAUGCCAAAUCAAAAGCACCACAUGGUCGAUGAUGCUGGGAACGUCCAGCUCAGCGUCAGUCGGCCGACGCCGUCCCACGUGUACGACGCGGCUGAGGAGCGGCAUCUGCAAGAACUCGCACUGCAAUUUUCCGAGUCUUCACCGGCUGCGCAGGCUCCAGCGACUGCGUCGGAGCUGGCGGGGACUUCUGAGGACACAGGAUCCGCCGAAGAGAGUUCAAAGGAACAAACAGCUAAUGCGGGGUCGCCAUUACUGAAAGAUACUCCCGCCGAACAAGGACCAGAACGGGCUGACCCUAACCUGCACGAUGGUUCCAGCGUCACGGCAGCGUCUUCUGUGACACCCAUUACUGUUCGCUUGAUCGAGGAGCCAGUGGCCAAACUGCAGGCUCCCGUUACGACACCUGCGACGCCACUCACAUCGUCUGUUCUGGCCACCGUCUCUUCACUUUUCGGGGCUCCAAUCCUGUUGACGCCUACACCACCUCUGCCUGGCUUGGGUUCACAUGGGAUAGUGCCACAGUUACAGAACAUCGUGGCCACGGUGAACCUGUCCUGUCCGCUCGACCUCCGCCAGAUCGCCUUACGUGCUCGGAACGCCGAGUACAACCCACGCAGGUUCGCCGCCGUUAUUAUGCGCAUCCGGGAGCCCCGUACCACGGCGCUGCUCUUCCGAUCCGGGAAAAUUGUCUGCACUGGGGCGAGAAGUGAACUUCAGGCCAAGACCGCAGCGAGGAAAUUUGCACGCAUAGCACAAAAGUUGGGAUACAACGCCAAGUUCCACGACUUCAAGGUUCAGAACAUCGUGGCCAGCUGCGACGUUGGCUUUUCCAUCAAGCUCGAAAGCCUCGCCCUGAACCACGCGCAGUUUUCAUGUUACGAGCCUGAGCUCUUCCCCGGCCUGGUGUACCGCAUGGUGAAGCCCUGCAUCCUGCUCCUUGUGUUCGUGUCCGGAAAGGUGGUACUCACCGGAGCCAAGCUCCGGGAGGACAUCUACAAGGCGUUUGAGAACAUCUACCCCAUCCUGAAGAAAUACCAGUCAAUGUAAAACGAUUCGGGCAGGUCAAUUACCUUAAAAUAAAACCUAAUAAACGCA